AUGGAAUCUUACGUUGAAUGAGAAGUAUGAAACUGCCAGAUUCGAGAAGGUAUGAGGUAUUGUGAUAUCCAUGCUUACGAGGAAUUUGACAGACACACUACAGCACUGAUACAAGAGGGGUUACAAAAUUGGAGAGAGAAGUUUCAAUCACACUUGGACUCUAAGUGUUCGAAUGCAACAAGGUUUAGUUCCGGCACCACUGAUCAAGCAGAAAAAGCCCUGCUCAAAUGUGAGAAAAACCUGGACGAGAAGACAUUUGUCAAUGCUUAUUCAAAGAUUUACUGUAAGGUCCAUUGCUGGAGAGAUCAUAACUAUUACCCUGAUAACCAAGGCCGGUAUCAUAAGUGGUAUUUCUCCAAGUUCAACAAGUUGAUGCUUCCUAGAAUUAGUGAUAUUGCUAUAUGUAAACACAAGUCUUGGAGAAAGAAAGAAGUAUCACAAUAUUUCUCUCCAUUGAAACAUGCACUUCAAAGUGUCCAAAUUUGAGUGAGCAAAGACAAAAAGCAGAAAAUUGGAUGGCUACACUCCAUUGUGACAAAAAUAUCAACUACUUUUGAUAGAGUUAUUCUGUAUCGUUUCUCAAUGUCUCAGAGCCAAUUCCUCCGGAUCGUAUUGGCUUUAGGCAAAGUCAAGCAUCAACAUUUCUGUGAUGGUAUAAUUACAGACAAGAUAAGGUCUCAUUUAGCGACUCCAUCAAUUGACAGCACCAAGAGAGAAACAAAUACUCAAGAAAUUUUGGUAAUUAGAUUUACCUUCCAAGGUAACCCAAAGUCUGUUACAGUAAUUAGUAUUGAAAUAAAAUUGAUUCUUGUUUCAUCUUCUUACACUAAACAUCAUGCUGAUCCUUCAAUAUAGUUGAUGAAAACAAUCUUAAAAAAGUUACCAAAGAAUUUUACC